AUGGAAGCGGCGCGGAAGACGAUCGAGGUGCUCGGCCAGCGCAUCCUGCCAGAACGACCCCAUCACUUGGCUUUUCACCCCGAAUGGCGAUAUCGUCCCAGCCACGGUGACAGCAACUCCUUUGAGGAAUGGCACCACCCCCGCCUGCAAUACCUGACCCUAUUGUCCGAAGCCGAUCGCGGCGUCCUGCUCACAAAAUCCGAUUAUGAUAUGCGUGAAGAACCGGUCAAACCUCUUCCACGCGAAGUCAACGCGCUGGCCAAGGGUGGCGAGAAGAAGAAGUUGUCGCUGAGCGACUACAAGAACAAGAAGACCGGGGCCACGUCGUCCACGUCGCCGCCGGAGCCAUCAAUUGCCAAGAAGAAAGAAAGCGAACGCGCUGGCGACCUGUCGGCCAGCACGGGGGCCGUAUCCGACCCCAAACCCACAUCAGAAUCCAAGUCUGCCUCAGAAGCGAGGAAGGCGGAUAGACCCAGGCCACGAGAAUCAGAUCCGCUCGUUGACGCCAAACAGCGACAGGCUCGCGAGCCAGCCGCCGAUAUGAGAUUACCUCCCAAGCCUCCCACCAAGCACCCAUUACCACCUCGACCGCCUUCUCCCAAUUCUAAGAAGCGCGUAGCAGAUCUAGAUGACGACUUGCGACCGCAAAAGCGAUCCAAGGCUGAUGGCAGCAAGCACAUUGAUGAUCGGGCACCGCACUCUCGCGAUGAAGCGCAGAAACGCAAAGAUAGAGUCUCUUCCUCAACGCCUUACAAAGAUGCGCCGUCGCAUAAAGAUGAUAGAUUAACCAACUCGUCCUCGCUACCCAAUGGCAGAGCCAUUCUGAAAGGCGCGGUGGGCUCCAGUCGCAACAACACUUCACCCGCAUCUCGUCCUCGGGGCGACUCUAUGAAUGGCGCCCGGCCUACUGGGCCAGGAAGCAACCGAAACACACCCACCAAGCUAGACACGUCAAAGUCAAGCGUGCCGCCAUUGUUAUCUCCUCUGCACCUGAGCUUUGACGACCGGAACAACGAGGACAAGUCUCAGGCAAGGCAGGAGAAGAGAAGAGUUCGGGACGACUCUCGCGAGCGGAACAAGUCCCCUACUAGGCAUAAAAAGUCAGACUCCACAUCAGAGUUCAAGAGACAGAAGUCACCAGUGAGAAUUCCUCCACUGCUCUCGCCGACUUUGCCGCCGAUAGUAGAGGCUGCUUUGCAGCUGAGAAAGAAAGGAUCAAUAGAAUCAUUGGAAGGCAAGCCUCUCAAGGGCAAAGACGAGAAAGAGAAGGAACUGCCAUCCAAGAAGAAGAAACCUGUUGCCGAUUAUCACUCUGACGACGAUGAGCCUCUCUCACAAAAACCACAAAAACCACAGAAGUCACUCAUUGUUAUGAUCAAAGUGCCCAAGAAAUUACGAAAGGACGUUAAACGGAUCUUGGCCUUAUCAUCAUCUACAGCCGCUCGCAAGGAGUUACAGGCUCAAAACCAGGAACGUUCUGCUGCGCCAGAGGAAUUUAUCCAGCCGCCACCAGCAAGGAAACGGCCGGUGGCUCCCGUUGAAGCGGCAGCAUCUUCAGAAACUAACGCACAGAAGAAGCCCAAGGCUUCUGAUAUCCCCAACUCCUCUCGCCUGCCUGCUCCAACUACCCCAUCCAAAAAGGGUGCUACCUCCAUGUCUCGCGUUAGCUCAAGUAAUUCUUUGGCCCAGACUCCUGGAGACGCGGUCAAUGCCACUCCGUCUGCCCCUGCCCCAGCCGACCGCCGCGUCAAUGGCCACGAUGUGCAUCGCUCAGAAUCAUCGGAGGCUAGGAUUAUGCGAGAAAAAGAGGCCAAAUUCAACGCUCUCGGACGCCGCCUUAAGCAUGAAGCGGACACAGCUAUGAGAGGAGGUCGUCGAAGCCCGGGAGUUAACGGCCACACGCGCGAGCCUGACCUGAGCAAAGGAUAUGUGAUCAGCGUGGAGAGUUUGCUGGCCUUUAUGGCUGGCUUCCAAGCGCAAAACAUUUACCGCGGGCUGUGCAAUAAGAGGAGCGACCCGACUGGAUGGAAUAGCCUAUUUCCCUUGCUUGACUUUAUUCAGGGCCAGAUGAAGAGACAGGAGACACAUACCCGCCGUUUCCUCCCGCUCUAUGUAGUCGUUCUUAAUCUUCAUUCCGUGGCUAUCACAGAGCUCAUCCGCUGCCAUGUGGUUGAAAAUUCCACUCUUCCGCAGCCAGACUGGUUUGGGCUUGAAAAGAAGCGGCUCAAACUUCUUUCUCAAAUCAACGAGGCUGCCAGCAACAUCGACACUCUAACCUUGCGCCUCAAUGUACCAGCACACGCAACGCUAGAUGAUAUGACGGCGGCGUCGCUCCGAAUCCUUAGAACAUGGUGUCAUAAUGAGCAGGUCGAAUGGACCCCCGACGCUCAUCUUAAGGAGCCUGUUGCGUCUCGAGGUUCAUGA